CAAGGAAAAACAUACAACAGCCAGGAUUCGCAUGUGGUCACCCACCAUACUACUAACUGGCCGGCGUGUGGCUUAUCUCCGGCAGAUAGUCGGGUGGCUGCCGCCCGGAUCUGCCUUCUAGGCCUUUGGCAUCAGUCUUGCGCAAUUCUUACCCAAGGGACAUCCAAAAAGACUGGAAAGUGGCGAAUGGAGUUCCUCAGGGAAGCAUCACGAGGACUCUCGGAGGCUCUGAGGGUCUUUUGCGAUCCAAGUGCGGACGUCAACGCUCAGGGUGGUCAGUAUGGAACAGCUCUCCAGGCCGCCGCAUCAAGGGGACACACUGAGAUCGUGCGACUCCUUCUCGACCAAGGUGCGGAUAUCAACGCUCAGGGCGGUCAGGAUGAAACAGCUCUCCAGGCCGCCGCAUUAAGGGGACACACUGAGAUCGUGCGACUCCUUCUCGACCAAGGUACGGAUAUCAACGCUCAGGGCGGUCAGGAUGAAACAGCUCUCCAGGCCGCCGCAUUAAGGGGACACACUGAGAUCGUGCGACUCCUUAUUGACCAAGGUGCGGAUAUCAACGCUGAGGGGGACACACUGAGAUCGUACGACUCCUUCUGGACCAGGGUGCGGAUUAUGGUCAAGAUGGAACAGCUCUUCAGGCCGCCGCAUCAAGGGGGGAAUAUAGAGGCCGUGCGACUCCUUCUCGACCAGGGUGCGGACGUCAACGCUCAGGGUGGUCAGUAUGGAACAGCUCUCCAGGCCGCCGCAUCAAUAGGACACACCGAGAUCGUGCGACUACUUCUCGACCAAGGUACGGAUAUUAACGCUAAGGGUAGCCAGGAUGGAACAGCUCUCCAGGCCGCCGCAUCAUGGGGACACAUAGAGACCGUGCGACUCCUUGUGGACCAGGGUGCGGAUGUUAACGCCCAGUGUGGUCAAGAUAGAACAGCUCUCCAGGCCGCCGCAUCAAUAGGACACACCGAGAUCGUGCGACUCCUUCUCGACCAAGGUGCGGAUAUCAACGCUCAGGGCGGUCAGGAUGAAACAGCUCUCCAGGCCGCCGCAUUAAGGGGACACACUGAGAUCGUGCGACUCCUUCUCGACCAAGGUGCGGAUAUCAACGCUCAGGGCGGUCAGGAUGAAACAGCUCUCCAGGCCGCCGCAUUAAGGGGACACACUGAGAUCGUGCGACUCCUUAUUGACCAAGGUGCGGAUAUCAACGCCCAGUGUGGUCAAGAUAGAACAGCUCUCCAGGCCGCCGCAUUAAGGGGACACACUGAGAUCGUGCGACUCCUUCUCGACCAAGGUGCGGAUAUCAACGCUCAGGGCGGUCAGGAUGAAACAGCUCUCCAGGCCGCCGCAUUAAGGGGACACACUGAGAUCGUGCGACUCCUUAUUGACCAAGGUGCGGAUAUCAACGCCCAGUGUGGUCAAGAUAGAACAGCUCUCCAGGCCGCCGCAUUAAGGGGACACACUGAGAUCGUACGACUCCUUCUGGACCAGGGUGCGGAUGUUAACGCCCAGUAUGGUCAAGAUGGAACAGCUCUCCAGGACGCCGCAUCAAGGGGACACAUAGAGAUCGUGCGACUCCUCGUCAACCAAGGUGCGGAUAUCAACGCUGAGGGUGGCCAGUUUGGAACAGCUCUCCAGGCCGCCGCAUCAAGGGGAUUCAUAGAGAUCGUGCGACUCCUUGUUGACCAAGGUGCGGAUACCAACGCGUGGAGUAGUCUAAAUGAGCCUGCACUCUACACUGCGGUAUUAGGUAAACAUACGGAAAUUGUUCAAUAUCUUCUCCACCAAGGUGCAGACGUCAACAUCCAAAGCGGCGAAUAUGGAACUGCUCUUCAGGCCGCUGCAUUUAUGGGACUCAGAGAGAUUGUACAAACACUUCUUGAGGUUGGCGCAAAUGUUAAUGCUCAAGGCGGUCGUUGUGGAACUGCUCUUCAGGCUGCUGCAUUAGAGAGACGCGCAAAAAUUGUGCGACUCCUGCUUGAUCAAGGCGCAGAUGUUAACGCCUAUGGUGGUCAGUAUGACACUGCUCUCCAUGCUGCCGCUAUAAGAGGACACCUAGAUAUUGUACAGGAACUCUUUAAGAGUGGCGCAAACGUUAACGUUCAAGGCGAAGAAUGUAUAACUGCUCUCCAGGCCGUACUGGGAACAUAUGCAGCGACUGUGAGACUCCUUUUUGACGACGGGGACGAUUAUAGAACUAGCCAGUACAGCGCAACAUUAGAGCAGCUUUCAAGGGUUGUGCGACUCCUUCUUGACCACGGUGCAGAAUUUAACGGUCAAAGUGGUGAAUAUAGUACUGCCCCCAAGGUUGCCAUAGAGAAAGAACAGGUACUCUUCAAGAGUGGCGCAGAUAUUGACGCUCAAGGUCGUCAAUUUGCUCUCCAGGCCGCUGUAUUUAGAGGACACACAGAGAUCGUGCGACUGCUUCUCGACCAAGGUGCGGAUAUCAACGCUGAGGGUGGUCAGGAUGGAACAGCUCUCCAGGCCGCCGCAUCAAGGGGACACACUGAGAUCGUGCGACUCCUCGUCAACCAAGGUGCGGAUAUCAACGCUAAGGGUGGCCAGGAUGGAACAGCUCUCCAGGCCGCCGCAUCAAGGGGACACACUGAGAUCGUGCGACUCCUUGUUGACCAAGGUGCGGAUAUUAACGCUAAGGGUGGCCAGUUUGGAAUAGCUCUCCAGGCCGCCGCAUCAUGGGGACACACCGAGAUCGUGCGACUCCUCGUCAACCAAGGUGCGGAUAUCAACGCUAAGGGUGGCCAGGAUGGAACAGCUCUCCAGGCCGCCGCAUCAUGGGGACACAUAGAGACCGUGCGACUCCUUCUGGACCAAGGUGCGGAUAUCAACGCUAAGGGUGGCCAGUUUGGAAUAGCUCUCCAGGCCGCCGCAUCACGGGGACACAUAGAGACCGUGCGACUCCUUGUGGACCAGGGUGCGGAUGUUAACGCCCAGUGUGGUCAAGAUAGAACAGCUCUCCAGGCCGCCGCAUCAUGGGGACACAUAGAGACCGUGCGACUCCUUCUGGACCAGGGUGCGGAUAUCAACGCUAAGGGUAGCCAGGAUGGAACAGCUCUCCAGGCCGCCGCAUCAAUAGGACACACCGAGAUCGUGCGACUCCUCGUCAACCAAGGUGCGGAUAUCAACGCUAAGGGUGGCCAGGAUGGAACAGCUCUCCAGGCCGCCGCAUCAAUAGGACACACCGAGAUCGUGCGACUGCUUCUCGACCAAGGUGCGGAUAUCAACGCUCAGGGCGGUCAGGAUGAAACAGCUCUCCAGGCCGCCGCAAUAAGGGGACACACUGAGAUCGUGCGACUCCUUAUUGACCAAGGUGCGGAUAUCAACGCUAAGGGUGGUCAGUAUGGAACAGCUCUCCAGGCUGCCGCAUCAAUGGGAUACAUAGAGAUCGUGCGACUCCUUAUUGACCAAGGUGCGGAUAUCAACGCUAAGGGUGGCCAGGAUGGAACAGCUCUCCAGGCCGCCGUAUCAUGGGGACACAUAGAGACCGUGCGACUCCUUCUGGACCAGGGUGCGGACGUCAACGCUCAGGGUGGUCAGGAUGGAACAGCUCUUCAGGCCGCCAUUCGUCGAGAUCGUAAUCAUAUUGUACGAAUGCUUCUUGAGAGUGGCGCGGACUUUGAUGUCCAGAACAAGGAGUGCCAGACAGCCCUUCACAUCGCGGCUGACUCUGGGAAUAUCCAACUUGUCAGGUUGCUUCUUCGGUACAAUGCCGACGGCAAUAUCAGGCACAAAUACGGGAAAUCAGCUUUUAACAUCGCAGGACGUAGUUGGGAUAUGCUUCCCGUCAUGAAACACCUUCGAACUUCAAGAGCCAGGAGUGCAAACAGGCCUCGAAAUCCUGGCAGGUUUCAUUCCCGGCUACAAUGUCAUGACGGGGAGCAUUACUUUGACGGUGUCCAUUACUAUACCAGCACCAUCGCUCCUUGA